AGCAUUCGCAAUGCUGACUGAACUACAACCAAAGUUCUGAGAAUUGAAAAGUGGAAAGGAUGGUUAGCACUGUGAUUAAUCGAAAGCAGCGAAGAUAAACCUUAUCAGCAUCCAAUAAUGUAAAACUGUGUUUAUCAAAGAUUGCCUGAAAUUUUUGGCUUGAUACAGACAAAUAAAUUUUCUUGACAAACUCGAAAUGGCAUCAAAUACUGUAUCGAGUGACGGUUGGACAUUAAGCCGUACUCUUGGUACCGGAGGUUUUGGGAUAGUCGAGCUUUGGAUACACGUGCAAAGUGGAAAAAAGCUUGCAUUAAAGAAAUGCAAGUGGGAUUAUUCGCAAUUAACUCCAAUUCAGCGAAAGAGAUGGACUAAUGAGGUUGAUAUAAUGAAACGCCUGAAACAUCCCAAUAUUGUACAAUGUAUUACAUUCGAUCUGCCAAAUGUGGACAAAAGACUGCCGAUUCUCUGCAUGGAGUACUGUAGGAAAGGAGACCUGAGAAAAGUUUUAAAUCAACCAGAAAACUGUUGCGGGAUUAGCGAAGUAGAAGCGAUUAAAGUGAUGACUCAAAUCUCAUCUGCCGUGGAAUACUUGCACUCCCACCAAAUAACUCAUCGUGAUUUAAAACCGGAAAAUAUAGUCUUGCAAGAUGAAAAGAACGUGGUGUCGUACAAGCUAAUAGAUCUCGGAUAUGCUAAAGAACUAGGCGAAGCAAGCGCGUCUGCAUCUUUAGUCGGCACGUUAAAUUACGUGGCUCCGGAGCUUCUCUGGGAGGAGAGAUAUAGUUGCUCGGUCGACUAUUGGAGUCUAGGAAUAUUGUUUUACGAACUUAUAACUGGAACAAGACCCUUUCUGCCGACGAUGCAGCAUACUAUGGAAUGGAUGAGGUAUAUUCAAAAUAAGAGUUACGACGAGAUCCAUGCUUAUGAGUCAGAAGGAAAAGUCAUACUUGGAAAAGAUAUUCAAGAUCCGACUCAUUUAUCAAAUUGUCUCCGAAGCAGGAUGGUCGAGUGGUUCAGAUUGGUUUUACAAUGGGAUCCACACAAGAGAGGCAAAAUGCGCGAUGAAUCUGGUGCAUCGCGUUUGAUGGUAUUCACGAUGCUGCAACGCGCGUUAUCAAACAAAAUAUUUUACGUUUUCUGUGUUCCAUUUCACAAAAUUAAUAUAUACGAGAUUGAUAACGCAACUACUGUGAAAGAUCUUCAGUUAUUAAUAGAAAGAGACACUAACAUUGCAGUCAAGCAUCAAGUAUUAACUGAUUAUAACGGUGUAACAUUGAUUGAUACUACACCACUCGUAUCGCAAACUAAUCAUCAUAUUUUAUUUCUCUUGAGGGACGGAUGUUGUUCGAUAGAAAAUACACCCACACUAAAUAUUUCUACAGUAGUAGAAAAAAUGCUGACACAAUCAAAGAAUGAAGUAACUUAUGAAGUGCUGAGAGAUUAUUAUCGACAUACAAUAUAUUUUAUGAGAACGGAAGUAGAUUUAUUCCAGUGGUAUAUUUUCGCUCUCAGUAUAAGCGUAGACUUAUUACAUCAAAAGAUCUGUACGUUUAAUGUGAACAUGGACGAGACAUUGAAACAUACAAAAGCACUUAUGGAUCAGGUACAAUCAAUUCGCACAAAAUGUACAAAUUGUAUGGGCGAAGGUACGGCUAACGGAACGGAAGCAUUGCAGACUUAUUUCGUGAAAGUUGAUAAAUUGGUUAGCGCAGCUGAUCAAAUAAGGAUGAAGUUUAUUUCUCUGAAAGAAGAUAACGAUAGAUUGCGAGAUAAAGCUCAAAAUAUUGACUGCAUGAGAGAUCUAUCGCAAUUGUAUGAUAAGAUAUGUGACGCAUAUCUAGAAUUUAGGAAACAAACUUCUCGUAAGACAGCAAAGCCACUGGACAUGGUGAAAGUAGUGUUUGCAUUUUUAGAGAAACGUGAAGCGCAACUACACAACGAAACUCUAAUUGACAUUACAAGCCAGGUAAAUAGACUGCAAGACGAAUUGUCGAAGUUGGAAAAAAUAUUUAAUCCAGUUACUGUCGUGACAAAAUUGUAUUGGAAUGAAUACCAAAAGAUUGUACAAGCGGAUGCUAGUGUUGCUCCCCAACAGGCCAGCAAUCACGAAUUUUUCAACAUUUCCAACACCGAAUUAGAUCAGAUUAUUCGAUCAAAGGACAAUUUGAUAUAUAAAAACUUAGUUACGCCUUACAAGUUGGAUAAUUUGAUAGCUGAAAUACAAAAACAGUAUUAUGAGGUGAUAAAACUGGAUGAUGAUUAAAGAUAUAGCGCACAUACUGAGCUAUAUUGAGCUAUGCAUACUUACACAACAUAUGAAUAUGUAUAUACAUAUACAUAUAUAUUUUUAUAAGAUAUAUAUUUUUUAAAAAUAUAUAUCUCCAUUUGUUGAGUCAUUUUUAAUUUCUAUAUUUCAAUUAUUACGUUUCAAUGUGUUUAGUUUAUUGAAGUUUGUUCAUGUUAAUGUCAUGUUAUGUGUGUAGAGCAUAAUGCCGUACACCCCAUUUAAUAUUGCCACGUUUAUCCGUUUUAACAAAUGUGUAGACAGGUUUGUUGAACAAUUGUUCUGGUCUUGUUACUUGGUAUCUGUUACUAGGAUUUGCUAAAAAAUAAGUAUCAUAAUUUUUAUGAAAAUUUAUAACUAUUAUAGAAGGAUUAUAGAUUCUUGUGGAAGGAUUGAAUCUAUAAAUAUUUUAUACGACAUGCCAUACAUAAAUUAAAUUAAAAGUUAAUAAACACAAAACUAAUAAAAACAAUAAUUGUUUCAAUAAUGAGAAAAUCCAUGAAGUUCGAUUUAUAAACAAUUAUAUUAUAUAUGGCUGUGAAAAACAACGAAUUUUAUAUACAUUAGUUAUCGUGAUAAGCUAUACAGAUACAAUAUACAAUGCACGAUUCAUAAAGUUUUAUCAAUAAUUUUCGAGGCAAUGUUGAGAAUUAUUAUAAGUAAAAGAAUGCAUAUGAAUAUGAAUUAAUUUUAAAUCUUCAAAAAAUAUAUCGAUACACUAAACCUGAUAAAAAUUAAUACAAUUUAUUGACAAGGCAUUUAUGAUGUAAUAACUUACCCUUUUCAAGUGUAUCUGCAAUCGUGAUAUGUAGAAAAAGGCAGAGGAUGAAACAGAUUUUAAAAAUCUGAAAUAUAUAUAAAAUUAUUCGAUAAAAUCAAGAAAUGUUGAAAAAAAUGUUGAAGAUAUAUAAUAUACUCACUCGAGUUGCACGAAAUGUUACGCUUAUUAUUCUCAUUAUUAAUAUUUGUCACACGUCUAUUUAGUUAUCGAUGUCCCGUCAAACUGUCCUUGUAAUGGACGAGCGGAUGCUUUAAGUUCACCGCGUAUACAGCAAAAAGCGUUACGGUUGAGUGCUCCUUUAGAUACAAUGCGUGAAUAUUUUUUACUACGCUUUCGCUUAACCCAGAUUUUAUUAUCCAUUACUCUUAUCGUUACAGCCCGUCGCCGGAUGAAGGAAAUGUUUUAUUGAUAGUAAUAAUAAAAAAUAUGCGCAUUCUUGUAUAUUUUUUUAUACAGCAAGAUGUAUAUUGUAUUAAAAAGCCGUACAAAUCCUAAAUUAAGGAUUAAACAACGAUGUUAAAAUAAA